AUGUUCGAAGCCAUAGAACAAAGUUGCAUUUUGGCUUAUUUUGGUAUAUUCUGUACUAUUCUCUUUGUCUCAACGUUAAUAUGGAAGUUUGUCAACGUGUUAAGGGUACAUCUCUUCUCUCUAUGCACUUCGGAUUUGAAGGAAUUCGGACCGUGGGCCGUGAUCACGGGAGGAAGUUCGGGAAUAGGAAGAGGCUACGCUAACGAACUGGCCAAACGAGGUUUACACAUUGUAAUCGUAAGCAGCGUAUUGCAGGCUCUGAAUACUGCAGCCAAAGAAAUUACAAGUCAAUACGGAGUAAAAUGUCGCUACAUUCAGGUCGAUCUCAGCCACGAUAAUGCCUACGAACACGUCUUCAGCAGAUUGAAGGAUACGGAUGUUGGCAUUUCAGUCAACUGUGCCGGUGUUGUGGGCGACUUUCCUUGUCGUAUGUUAAACGAGAGCGACAUGACUGUGAAUUUAAUGUUAGCACUACACAUCAAAGCGAUGGUUCACACGACGCGAUUGUUUUUACCUUCGAUGUUAGCCAGAAAAAGGGCCGCCAUCGUUACUGUUUCGUCAAUGGCCUCUGUAAUACCUUGUACAUUUUCAUGCGUAUAUUCGGCGUGUAAAGCGUUUUCCGAUCGUUUCACUCGAGCAUUGUCUUACGAAUAUAAAUGGAAAAAUGUGAGUUUUCAAUCUCUUACUCCUUUUGUGAUUUGGACUAAAAUGGUCGAGGAACACACUAGAAAUUUUGAAUAUUUCGAAUUGAUUAAAAGUGUGUCCCUCGAUAGAGAUAAAUUCGUCAAAAAUGCUAUAAGAACAAUAAACCUUACGAAUUAUACAAGCGGUAAUUGGUUUUGUGACAUCGUUUUGUAUGCUGCCUUUAGCAUUUUAAAUAUUUACUUGCACAUUAAAGUUGCACGUAUAAAAAUUAGUUAUAAAAUAUAA